AUGUCCCGCACGUCUUCGAACCCGGCACAGCCGCGGGCCCGCCCACGCCCUCGCAGGCAGGACGUCCCCCAGCGACCGUCGUCCGCCGGGCACACGCCCGGCACUGCGCUGAAGCCGCUACCAGUGUUCACGGAUCCGUGGGUUGAGAAUGCCGCGCAAGAUAGCCACAAACGCGACGACACUCACCGCCUCCGCCACCCAUCGCGGAAGGAUGUCUCUGAGGCGCGCGCACCGAGUCGACCGCAGGCGAUGCCGACUGUGGUUGCCCCCUCUCCCGCCCGGGCUCAGGCGAUGCCAAUUGUUGCUCCUUCACCCAUUCGAGCUCAGGGGACGACAACCAUACUUGCACCUUCGCCCAUUCGGCCGCUGAGCUUGCGGACGGUUGCUGGUAGCCGGUUGAAGGGGUUCGGAACCCCUGUUCUCUCCGAAAUCUCUUCUGAAUCAAGUGCCAACGACGAAGAGCCUCACGGGGGCUUCUACGACGCGCAGGGGUACCCAGUGAAAGGACUUCAGGUCACCGCCGACGACCAGGCGAUCGAGUCUCCUUCCAGUGCGGGAUGGAAGACCGCGUCUACGGCGACUCUUGUCCCCACUCCCCGCUCGCGUAAGCAUGAGGUGCGCACUCCAGCAUACCAGUGCGGCAAUUACGCCCUAUACCAUCCUGAAGGUUCCGUGACGCCUCGUCCGAAGGCGGCGACGCGCCGCGCGCCACGCCCGAGGUCCAACUCGUUUGGUGGAUACUAG